AUGAUCUUCAAACUAACGCAUCCACCCCCUCCAUCCAGGCGUAUCACCGUUAGCGUCAUCCGCCCCGAGCAGGCGGACUCCGAUAUCAUCAACCUCGAGGUUGGCGGCGACAUGACGAUAGAGCUACUCAAAGCCAUCGUCGAAAGCGAAACCGAUAUUCCCCCCGAAGUCCAACAGCUCGUCUUCAACAACCAGCUCCUGCAGAUCCCCUCACAGACUCUCGACCAGGUCGGGAUCGGCGAGGGGGAUAUGCUCGGCGUUCACGUCAACAUCCGCAGUGGUCCUCAAGCCCCCUCACGGUCCUCCGCCACCGCCGCACCCCCCUCCGCCGCAGGCCCCAGUGCUGCGCCUCGCCAAAACGUCGCCCCGCGUCCCGGCAUGCCUGACCCGGAGACGAUCAGACUACACAUUCUGGGUGAUCCACGCGUACGCGAAGCUGUGCGCAGACAGAACCCCGAGUUGGCGGCGGCGGCGGAUAAUGCGCAGCAGUUCAGGAACGUGUUACUCGCGCAACAGCAGCGCGAAGCGCAAGCCGAGGCCGAGAAGGAAGCUCGUAUUGCGAUGCUGAAUGCUGACCCGUUUAACCCGGAGAACCAGCGCGAGAUUGAGGAGAUUAUUCGCCAGAAUGCGGUUACGGAGAAUCUACACAAUGCCAUGGAGCAUCACCCUGAAUCAUUCGGCCGUGUCACCAUGCUCUAUAUCCCCGUCGAAGUCAACGGCCACCGACUCAACGCCUUCGUCGACUCCGGCGCCCAAGUCACCAUCAUGUCCCCCGAUUGCGCUGUCGCCUGCAACAUCAUGCGCCUAGUAGAUCGACGAUACGGUGGUAUCGCCAAGGGUGUCGGCACGGCACCUAUCCUGGGCCGCGUACACUCGGCGCAGAUCAAGAUCGGCGAGAUGUUCCUGCCCUGCUCUUUCACCGUCAUGGAGGGUAAACAGAUUGAUCUGCUGCUAGGUCUGGACAUGCUGCGCCGGCACCAAGCCUGUAUCGAUCUGCAGCGCGGUGCUCUGGUGAUCCAGGACCAGGCCGUGCCGUUCCUUGGUGAAGCUGAUAUUCCCAAGCAUCUGACCGAGGAGUUUGAGGAUGAGCCGACCGUGAAGGGCGCAGAUGGUGCGGAAGUUGGCGCGCGCACCGGUGCGGUCACGCAUCAAGCUAGUGGUUCUUCAGGACAAUCCCAGCAGCCGCAACAGCAGCAGCCAGCGCCCAGGAUCAACAUUCGACCUGCGCCAGCGUCACGGUGGCCACAGGCUUCUAUUGCGAAGCUCACGGAGUUGGGCUUCACUCGUGAAGAGGCGAUGCGGGCGCUGGACGCCGCGAAUGGAGAUCUAGAUAGGGCGAUUGGAUUCUUGCUCUGA